AUGGGAAAAGCAAAGAAAACGAGGAAAUUCGCCGAAGUGAAACGAUUGAUAAAUCCAAAUGAUUCAAGACUAAAAUCUGUACAAGAGAAACAAAAGUCUCGGCAGGAAAAAAAAGCUAAAGAAGCUAUUCAUAAUGUACCACAAGUAGCUUCAUCGCUUUUCUUUAGACAUAACACAGCUCUUGGUCCACCUUAUCAGAUAUUGGUGGACACAAAUUUUAUUAAUUUCUCAAUUCAAAAUAAAUUGGAACUUGUGCAGGCCAUGAUGGAUUGCUUAUACGCCAAAUGUAUUCCAUGUAUUACUGAUUGUGUAAUGGCAGAAUUGGAAAAAUUAGGUCCAAAAUAUAGAAUCGCGUUGCGAGUCGCUCGCGAUCCAAGAUUUGAAAGAUUACCUUGUACACACAAAGGAACGUAUGCUGAUGAUUGUCUUGUGCAGCGACAUAAAUGUUAUAUAGUGGCAACUUGUGAUCGAGAUUUGAAACGUCGCAUUCGUAAGAUUCCUGGUAUACCUAUCAUGUAUAUUUCUAAUCGAAAAUAUACUAUAGAAAGAUUGCCAGAAGCCUAUGGUGCUCCAGCUUAG